UGUGAUACGGGGUUUGGGAAUCGAUUGGCGUAUCGUUUAAAUGCAAUGGGUUUUAAAGUAUACGCCACUGUAUUGGACAAAGAAAGUGUUGGAGCAAAGUAUUUGUUAGAUAAUUGUCUAUUCAAAGAUAGACUCAAAAUACUGGCCAUGAAUGUGACCAAACGGGACGAUAUAGACGAUGUCUACACAGUUGUGGAACGGGAUCUCAUCGAUAACACCGAGAGUUUGUACGCUAUUGUGAAUAACGCUGGUAUCACACACUUGGGUCAUGUGGACUGGGGUCAGAUGGAGGGCUAUAAAAAUGUGAUUAAUGUUAAUACUUUUGGAACCGUUGCGGUGACACUCAAAUUUUUGCCUCUAAUCAGACAUUCAAAAGGAAGAAUAGUCUUCAUGUCUUCAGUGAACGGACGGAUGACUUUCCAGAAGGCAAGUCAUUACUGUAUGAGUAAACACGCGAUCACUGCCUUCUCGGACGCCCUCAGACGUGAACUGUCCCGCCAAUGGGGGGUUCAGGUGUCCACUAUUGAGCCCGCAUUCUAUAGGACACCUCUUCUGGCGGACAAUAAUUAUAAGCGAGUUAUGGACAGGGAAUGGGAGCGCACAGACACCGCUGUGAAGGAAGUGUACGGACAGUCGUAUUUUGAAAGUAUGGGUAAAAUGGCCCAAAGUAUUGACUACUUUGUUGGCAAUCGUAUCGAUGAUGUGGUCGACAAUAUUGUGGACAGGGAAAGAACUCCCUCUGAAUGGUUCGACACUAUCUAUAAUUUGAUUGAGAAAAUUACCUUUAGAUACGAGAGCAUUGAAAAAGUUUGA